CGGAGAUACUAGAGAUUUGUUUAUCUAAUUUAACGCAUCCUCAUCUACACUAAUGACGGUCAUUUAAAGUUCAUUAACACAAUGAUUAUAAUUGAUGGUGUGACGUAGUUAGCUUGAACAAGUGGCUUAGGGUUAGUGUGGAUGAGCGGCAUUGGACGUAUACUGGAAGCUUGUUAGGACCAAGCCGAGUGAUGACUAUCGAUAACCGUCAAUGUGCAUAUAUAAUAGUUGCAUGCCUGGUAUUAAUUGGAUUGAUAUUUUUUCGGUUUGGUGCGGGUACCCAGUCAGCAGUGAGUGAAGAGGAGAAAACUCUGGUGCUAUCACAUGUGCUUUUUAGACAUGGCAAUCGUACUCCAGAACCACACGAGCUGUAUCCUAAGGACCCAUAUAUCAAUGAAACUUACUACCCAUAUGGAUAUGGUCAGCUGACAAAGGCGGGCAAACAAAAGGAAUUCAAUAUUGGUCGCGCUUUGAGAGAUAGAUAUAAGCAUUUUCUGGGAGACUACUUUUUGCCUCAAAUAGUAGAAGCUUUAUCGACAGACUACUACAGAACGAAGAUGUCUCUCGAAUUGGUCCUGGCAUCGUUGUUUCUCCCAAAUAAAGAGCAAAUGUUUGAGACUGGACUCUACUGGCAACCUGUGCCUUAUGACUACCUCCCUAGUAACCAUGAUCCGGUUUUACGCGGUUUUAUGUGUCCGACAUACAGAAAGCUUUACAAUAACGUGAGUAACUCUAAGGAACUCGAAGGCGAAUUGAGGAACCAUGAAGUGAUAUUAGAUUUUGUAUCUAAAAAUACCGGCCUAAGCGUUACGCGUUAUGCUGAUAUUUACGACCUUUAUUUUGGCUUGCUGAUCGAAGAAGAUUGGGGUCUCGCACUCCCUUCUUGGACAAAAGAAGUUUGGCCGGAGCCUAUGAACACUUUAGCUGUACAAGAAUAUUAUGUUAUGACGAAAACUAGGGAAAUGAGACAAAUGGCAGUAGGGUACUUCUUAGAGAAGGUAAGAUCUAUGUUUAACUUUGUUUUGCCUUCAUCACCUAGAUCGUUUCAGUUGUUCCAUCAGAUCGAAUCUUGCUUGGCUGGUUUCUUGACUUUGUGUUCAUCAUGUUCAUCGCUAUAACUGCUAGUAAUAUAGAUUUCGUUCGUCCUAUCAAAGACAGCUGUUUCGUGAUACUUGACAACUUCUCAGCAUGGUGUAGGCUUUGUUUCAGGUAGGACAAUGAACGGAAGCUGAGCAACUAUCCUCUAUUCAAAGUAAAAGGUCUAUCGAAAUCAGACAGCACCUGUCACCGGAAUCGACCACUGCGAAAAUGGAACUGUAUUUCAGUACCAGGCCUGCACCAUGCUGAGGACUUGCCAAAUAGCAAGAAACACCUGUCCAUGAUGGGCCGUCUGUGGUCGGACGAGCGAAAGCUAUAUUACUUAUACUGUGGAUAAACGAUGGUUGCUAUAACAAGUACCUAUUUUUGUCAGACCUUGAUACUUCUAGUAGUUGUAGUAAGAUACUUUUAGCUUUUAAACUAAUUGUUAAUCGCUUAUUGUUCAAAAACUUAUUUUCAUGCAAUAGUCUUUAGUUAUAGGGUGACAGGUGCCAGUUUUCAUUAUUAUUUCAAUGCGUAAUAGAGAGUUUAUUUAACUACAAGAGGGCUAGAGAUCAGUUCCGUAACUGAUGCUGCCAAGCCAGUUGCAGUUAUUAGAUAUAAAUCGACCCCAUUGAUGAAACUCAAUAGGCUAUGCCCCAUUGUCUUCCCUUUUGAUUUAUCGAGUUGUUAAUAGAGCAGAACUUAGUAUGUGAUCUGUUUUGUCUCUUCGAUCUUUUAAUGCAUACGGAUUGACAUUGUCAACCCUAUUUCUGUAGUUUCGCCAUGAAUAACCAGUGGCCCGUCAAAAAUUCAACCCCUCUCUGUUGUUUUGUGACUGAAGCGCCACUUAGCAUCUCUACUCUACCUCAUUUGUUACUCAGGCAUCAGUCCCUUCCUGGUACAUCUAUAAGUUCCCUACUAUAAGUUUAUACUUUGCCAACAUUAAUGGACAAAAACGACUAUAUGGAACAAAUAAGAUCAAAAUAUGCUGAUUCAAAUGCAGCAACUAUUUGCUUGGGACCUUUCCAAGGUGGUCAAACAUGGCCAAUUGUUAUUUGCCAUUUUUCCAAACUGAGUUUUUAACAUGAAAUUUGUGUAGAUUUUUAUAACAUGAGAUCAGACCGACCCAAAUCAAUAAUACAUUAGUCCCUGGAGAGCAAAGCUUUAUGAUGCUUUGGGGCUUGAAAAUAUGUCAGAAACAAUAUGUUUCCCAUGAAAGCAUUUUCUCAUUCUGGGUUAUUAUAACACAUGUACAGAGAUCACUCAGGUGGGAUAAUGUUUCUAAAGACUUCAAGAAGAAGUCUAAGAAUUUGAACAACGGUCAAUGGCCGACGGCAAAACAAAAAUGUUAAAAAAAUCGAAUUUUUAAAAAAUAGAAUUUUGAAAUUUGGAAAAAAUGGAUUUCAAAAAUUGGAAAAUUCAUAAAUUUG